AUGGCGGGCCGAGUCUUGUAUUCGCUCGUUUUUGUGGCUGCCGCGUUGGCACCGGCGGUCUUUGCUCAGACCACUUGUGGUGGUGGUGUUCAAUGUCCUUCAGAUACCCCAUGCUGUUCGCAAUAUGGUCAAUGUGGUGUUGGCGCCUACUGUCUCGGGGGAUGUGAUCCCGUCAAUUCAUUCAGUCUCGAUUCUUGCGUUCCCGCGCCCGUCUGUCAAUCGAAAACCUAUGACUUCAGUAACCUUGACGGUGUCGUGCCCAACACUAAGUACCUCGGAGAUGCCACGCAGGCCGACUGGGUGUCUUCCGGCAGUCCCUUGGAAUAUAACAACUCGGUGCUCCUGACCAUGGCUGAAGGAACGGUGGGGACACUGCUGGCGAGCACACGCUCCGUGUGGUAUGGCAAGGUAAACGCCAGGUUUGCCACCUCUGCCGGUGCCGGUGUCGUCACUGCAUUCAUCCUGCUCGGUAACUCCAAGGACGAAAUUGAUUUCGAGUUUGUUGGUACCCAGUUGACCAGUGCCCAAACAAACUUCUACUCGCAGGGUGUUCCUGUCUACACCAACGGUGGCAAUACUACCGGCCUCUCGGACGUACAUGCGAACUUUCACGACUAUGAAAUCGACUGGCAACCCGACAGCAUUACCUGGUCGAUUGAUGGCAACGCAGUCCGUACCCUGAACCGUGAAGAUACCUGGAAUGCAACAGCAAACCGAUAUUACUAUCCCCAAACGCCGUGCCAAGUGCAGCUGUCAUUGUGGCCGGGUGGUCUCCCGUCCAACGGUGAAGGCACCAUCGAAUGGGCUGGUGGUCUGGUGCAAUGGAACUCGCCGUACAUGACCAACGGCUAUUACUACGCCCAGUUCGACUCGGUGUCCGUCCAGUGCUACGAUCCACCUGCAGGCGCCAAUGUGCAAGGCAGCAAGUCUUACAUCUUCACGGACCCGGCUAUGACCAACAACACCGUCGAAGUGACCAACGAUAACACCGUGCUUAAAUCGUUCCUUGGUACCGGCACCAACAUGUCAGCCGGCAGCAACACCGCCAGCGCCAGCGGUUCGUCCAAUACCAGUCAACCGGCCACUAUUCCCGGCCUUUCUGGUGUCGGUACUGGCAGCAACGGCGGCCGUGGCGACAACACCACAGGCAACGAUGGGAGUGGAAGCGGUGAUGAUUCUGGCUCGGGUAGCAACAGUGCCAGCGCCACCGGAGCUGCGUCGACAGGAUUUGUCCAAGGUGAUGGAGGCGACUCUUCCAACGGUGCAGGCCAGAUUGGCGGCAAGAGUGAAACCGUGCUCAGGGGAAGUCUGUUUGCUGUUGUCGUUGCUGUUGUUGGAUUGUGUGUGUUGUAA